CGAGCGAGCGCACCGUCCGACCAACAAUUGGCGAACCCUGAAGUUUGUAAUAUGAUGAACUUCAACAAAAGUUUCCUCCAUAAAUGCGCCCAACCUCCUGUUUUACAGACCCCGUUAGGGCUGCUGUAAAUAUUUCCGAAUGCUGUAAAUAUUUCUGCUGUUGAUCGAACUCUUCUCUCUUGCUAUCACCUCCCACCCUGCUCUCGCUUCAGAAGUUACCCAAGUGCUUCCUGAUCUCUGAAGCGCACUUGUUCAAGAUCUGGGCAUUUGUACGUUCCUGAGCAAUACUAAUUUUGAGGCAAAAUAUUUAUUAUUGUCAGCUUUUAAAGUCCUUUAUCUCGGGCUUCUUAAAAGUGGCAGUAAUAUUUGGCUUAUGAAUCGAGGUAUUAAUGGUUUUUCAUCGUGAAGGACCAACCAUCAUAACGCACGCUUACGGCGCCAUACGGAGGAACUAUUAUUUCUUGUAAUUAUUAUGAUGGAGAAGAUUUUAAUUUUUAUCAAGCUCGAAAAGAAUGCGCACGUUCCAGUGCACGUACUUUAGCCAUUGAAUCACGUUUUACUGUAGUAUCUGUGAUCUUCCCGUGUGAGCUGAGAAAAUAUUAAUUUCAAGUCGACAAGGAUACUGCUAUUGACACAAGACGACUGAAUUAGCUGCGUUUUCACGCAUUCAGGCAUAGAGACGCCAGAAACAGCUGGGAGUGAAAGUGAAACCAUUUCACUGCUAGAAGUUGGAAACCAAGAAGAAUUUGAAGUUUUGUUUUGAUGCUGUCGUUGUGAGUCUUGCAAGGACCAGAACUUCACCUUUACCAUGGCUCAGAUCCUCCAUCUUGAAAUUCCAAAUUUUGGGAACAAUGUUCUGGGAUGCCUGAAUGAGCAGCGGUUAAUGGGGUUAUUUUGUGACGUCUCCAUUGUGGUCAAAGGUCAAGCCUUCAAGGCACAUAGAGCUGUGCUGGCUGCAAACAGCCUCUAUUUUCGGGACUUGUUCAGUGGCAACAGUAAAAAUGCAUUUGAGCUACCUGCCACUGUGCCGCCUGCCUGCUUUCAGCAAAUCCUUUCCUUCUGUUACACCGGCAAACUUACCAUGGCAGCCAGUGAGCAGCUGGUGGUGAUGUACACAGCUGGUUUCUUGCAAAUACAGCGUAUUGUUGAGAAAGGGACCGAGCUGAUGUUCAAAGUGAGCUCCCCACAUUGUGACUCUCAGACAGCCUCCACUGAAGAUAUUGGCUCUGAGCCGCAAAGCCCUUGCCCCCUCCAGCCGCCUGCUACCUUAACCGUUGUGUCCCCGGCUUUACCCAUUCCACUGCUUUCCCGGGUGAAGAGCGAGCACUGUGAGCCAGAUCUGAUGGCACCUGGUAUUCAUGCUCUCUCAACAAAACGUUCACUGGAGACUAGCCAGCGUGAGAGUUCCAGUAACCAAAACUGUGCCACUCCUUUGAAGUUACCCAGAGUUUCCUAUCCUGGAACAUGGGGUGCUACAACUUUUGUACAACCAGUAAACUAUGCUCCAGCAGAGCGCACAAGCCCAGGUGGAAGCAGUAAUCAGACAACAGAUAGUCCAACCUCUUACCAUAAUGAAGAAGAGGAUGAAGAGGAUGAAGCAUAUGAUACGAUGGCAGAAGAUCAGUAUGGACAGAUGUACAUCAAGGCAUCAACAGCAUACCAUGCGCAAGAGAAAGUUGGGCAGUUAACAAACCACAUGACGGUAGAAAAUCGCUCUUGUGUGCUUGUUCGUCGUGAUUUAGUUGCACUUCCUGCUAGCCUCAUCAGUCAGAUUGGUUACAGAUGUCACCCAAAGCUUUACUCAGAGGGUGACCCUGGUGAGAAAUUAGAACUCGUCUCAGGUUCUGGAGUUUAUAUCACCCGAGGUCAACUGAUGAACUGUCACCUGUGUGCUGGGGUCAAACACAAGGUUCUCCUCCGCCGCCUACUUGCCUCAUUCUUUGAUCGCAACACACUGGCAAAUAGCUGUGGGACUGGAAUUCGCUCCUCCACUAGUGACCCCAGUAGAAAGCCUUUGGAUAGCAGGGUCUUGAAUGCAGUGAAAUUAUAUUGUCAGAAUUUUGCUCCCAAUUUCAAAGAAAGCGAGAUGAAUGUGAUUGCUGCCGAUAUGUGCACUAAUGCUCGAAGAGUUCGCAAGCGCUGGUUGCCCAAGAUUAAAUCGAUGCUGCCUGAUGGGAUGGAAGUGUACCGCACCGUUAUUGGAGAUGCUGGUGGCGGAGACAGCUUGGACCCAGAGCUGUAUGGAACUGGACUGGCAUUUGAGCAAAGUAGUCAAGCUGAAAAACGUAGUGAUCCUGGGACUGUACUCAGUGAAAGAACAAACCCUGUAAGCAUAGAUGUGGAGUCCCCCAGCUCGAACCAGUCCUGUGAACAGACUGAAAUGGCAGAGUCAGUAAUAAGAGAAGCCACUGGCACUAAUAAUUUGGCCUCUGACACACCCAACACAGGUUCCACUUUCGAUGAAGAUGAAGCUUCUUCUAAUAAUAGAUCUGAAACAGCAAUGCGAAAACUGGAUGGAGCAUACGCAGGGACCGUGUGAACGUUUUCACUGUCAAAAGAAAGCGCAUCAUGUUAAUUGAAAUGGCUUGCAUGCAUACUAACCCUCUCAACAUUUGGCAGUGUUAUUAAGCCACUGACCUGUACCUGUUGCCUGAACACAUGACUUUUACCUUACCUGUAUACAAGUUGCCAUGAAGGAAUGAAGACACCUUUUUAACAGUGAAAUGGAUGUUUCUAAUUCAACUCGUCGGGGUGACACGAGGAUGUAGUCUCUCCCCACUGAAGACCAUAAUUAUGGAACAGCAGGGUGGUUUGAAAAUUACCCUUAUUGCUGAUAUAUAUAUCUGAUCCUGAUUGUUUUAGCACUGUUAGUCCAUUAACAAACUCUUACAUGGAACUGACCUCCUAAAAACACACUAACUUUGAUGGGAUUGAAAAGUAGAAUUUGAAAGAAAAUAAUGUUGUCAUCCAUGUAUCAAUAUCUGCUCUUUCAAAACGAUGAUGGCCAAGGUUACUACCACAGUGUGCACUAGCUUAGCUAGCUGGAGUUCAAAUAUUUAGUAUAAUCUGACUGAUUAUAUUUUUUUCAGACACUUAUAUAUAAAUAUAUAUAUAUAGCUAUAAGUGAUGCUGUAAGAAGAGUGACUGAAUGACAUUUGGCUCUGAAUGAAUCUUGAAGAUUCCACUGAUUGCUGGUAACGUUAUGGUCAUUUUUACCCUCUCAGAGGGCAGCUGUUUCAGGAACGCGGGUUGGGCUUUAAUCCUUCAAUCAUUCCUUGAAGUCAGGAGGUACUUGCUUUUGGGGUUGAUUGUGGGAGAUGGGGAAGAACGCCAAACAGAACCUUAAAAAGAGCAUACGAAUACGUUGCGUAGGGUGUUUGCAUGAUGUGAUAAGACUGAACAUUGAUCAUGCUUAAGACAUAGAUUGUCAUAAAAUGUUACUUAGAUUGUAAACAUGUGGAACCAUGUGCCUUAGACAUUUGAUUUACUUUUUCUCCCAAGAAAGAAUGAUCUCAUCAUAUUUUGCUGAUUGUUUUGUUAAUUGUAAAAGAGCACCCAUAGUAUUUAAGUGACUUAACAGUAUUUACGUAUAAAUACAGAUUUGUUCACCAAUGUGUGAAUUUUCCAAAUAGCUCCUCACUUUGUUUAAGUAGCACUGGCGUGAACAAUGCCGUUAAUAUGACUGUUGGCUAAAUGCACUUAGUGGAAAAUAUUUUUGUUUUUCUUUUGAUGAAAUUGAUCAUUCCCUGAACAAAAGAUUGCAGAAGUGCCAUUUGAAAGUUUGGCUACAUAACCCUUACAGCUUGAAUACUGUAUGUUGGGUUACACUGUUUUGAUGCACUUUAUUGUACAUGGUAAAUUAUCAAAAGUUCUCAUCAAUCCAAUAUCUUCUUAAAAUAGUAAUAUUCAUAGCCUCUCUACUUUUAUUUCUGAAAAGCAAGUUGAUUAAUUCAUAGCUUUUGUUUGCAUUACUAAAACAAGACUUUGUCAUUUCUCCAUAAGGGGAUAGCAAUGAUAUCACUGCUUGAAGUCUCUUCCGAAUACAGGUUUUUUUGCUUGUGGUUCAUUGACAUGUAAUAAGAUCCUUCUCCCUCCAGGUUCAUGUUGUUAGAUCACUCAAAGUCAUGGGGCAGGCCAGUACAUUUUCUUCACUUCUCUGCUCCUUUCCUGUAAAAUACUUAAAAUCACUGCAUAUGAUCAUCUGUUACUUUAAAAGCUGUUGCCCUUUUCAGUGUUAUUCAGCCUUAUCUUAUUGAGCACUUCCAGUCAGUUGCUGCUACAACACUGCUCCAAAAAUGUCAUAUUUUCAAUGCCACUCUUUUUGAGAGGAAAGACUGAGCUAGUGUUUCAUCCUUCCAUUUCGAACUGUCAGAAUCUGCCACAGCCUCCACUUCUUCUCUUCCCCCUUCUCUUUUGCCCCACCACACCCCUCCCCCACCCUUGGGAGUAGAGAUUGAAGAAGGGACGGAUAUCUUCCUGCUCUUGUCACUUCAAUUGCUUGGAGUGAUUAAGCUAUCCAGUCCUCUGUUCUGGUGUUCAUCUUUCAAAAUGACACUAUUUCUACUUGGGAUAGCGCCAUGUAUGCACUGUUGAUUCGGUGAUUGUGAAUAUACAGUGAGUCUGAAUUAAAUGAGCUGCUGAGAAGCCCUGAAGGUUCCAUUUGGAAAGUCUGUGGGUAAACAAUUCAACUAUACACCCUUCUAUUUGAAUAGGAUGAGCACACAAACUUGGAAUUGAGAGUUUUUUUUUCCAGCCAAGUUGAAUUUAAUAGUCAAGUAGCAAAUUGCUUUUGGAAUAAACCAUUUGCAUAUUUUUUUAAAAGUCUCAAAGGAGAGGAACUUGCACUCAGCAGUGUGGAACUUUUCCUUUGAGCUUGUUGGAAUUGUCCGUUAUCCACUUCACUUCAGCUUCCUCCCAUCGAUACAGUGGUUUAACAAUCGCAGUUCCUUUUAUAAGAUGUUGAUAACUCUAAAGCUGAUGUAACUCAUUUCUUUAAAUUCUCCCCUUUCUCCUUGCCAACUGCAAACAUCACCACAAUCCCAGCAUGAAAAAUACAUGUUUCAGACUAAAUUGCUGAUGUUGAUCUUGAGCUGAGUUGCCCAGCGCAAUAACAAAAUCUUAAUCUCUGGAGAUAAAAUUUGUGGAACUUGCCAUUUUAAAAAAAAAUGGGUAAAUGAUGAAACAGCAUUGUCAGAAAUAUCACCAAGUAUAGACACUGAAAAUUUCAAAGUAAAUGUUAUGCCUUAAUCCUUUGUGCUUGCAUUCAGUUCAAUGGAAAAGGAAGAGCUGUUUCAUCUGGAGGAACAAGUUGCCUCCAAACUAUAAAGUACGUGCUUUCCAGUUUCAGAUUUGCACAGUGCCUGUGUUCAACCAUUAGGAUCAACAAGGCACCUUCACUUUUCCAAAGGAUAAUUUGUUGGAAUUGUUAUUGCUUUGACUUUUGUUUUGACAAUCUUGAACUUUUCUGUAAUACUGAAUAGCAAUGAGAUAAUAGAAAUCAAAUCAUAAAAGAUGUAUAUCUGAAAAAUACAUGAACUGCUGAAGACAGUUAGUUUGUCAUUUCUGGCUACACUGUUCAGGAAGGUGAUUUGGCCCCAUACUUUAUCCUUUCGGGCUUAAUAAUCACAUGUUCACUGGGGAUUUUUUCAGAGAAGUGUGUUUUUCAAAGAAAUUAUUUUGUUAUAAAUGUGCCUCCUUUUACUGACCUGAGGCAAGCAGUCUUGUAUUACAUUUUGAAAAGGGAGAGUGUUCUGGUUUGGAUGGAGCUUUUAUGUAGCUCAGUGGCUUACAAGCACCUUGUCUCCAAGAAAUUCCUGUUGUCAAAAGUUUUGAAUUUAAAUGGUGCCUCACUAUGUUGGGCCUGAAUGGAUAUGAUAAUUUGAUCCAUAAACAGCAAGUAAUUUGAAAUAUUAAUUUAAAAUAUCAAAACAAGUGCCACUUGGUAAUCAUGAAUUGUGGUGUAGGUGGUUUAAAAAUGUAUCAGUAUCACAAUACAUUUGAUAGCGCUGAAGUAUUUUGGUGGUUAUGCUGAAAUGUUUUAGAAAGACAUUAACUUACAGUCAUUUCUUAAAGUUGAUUAUUGGGAGUAGUAUUAGCCUGAUGAUAAAAAGCAACAGUUGAAGUGGAAUUAAUGCAGCUCUAAAUUUAGUGACCUGAGUUUUGACAUGAGGGUUUUUGUAUCCUUGAAUCCCAAGUGUAAGAAAACUGAUUUUUAACAAGAAUUCUUCAGUUAACUGCAGAGAAACAAUGAAAUUACACUAAUUAAACUACAGUAAUCAUGGAUGAAAAUUAAAACUGAACAGCUUCAAAUUUCUGGCAUUAAAUACUAAGGAUAAAAUUUUGGAAGGAAUGGAGGCAGGAGUGACAUGGCAGAUGAAGAAUGAAGAAGCAAGGAGCAUUCUGUGGACUUCAAAAAAUAACAAAAAUUAGGAGAAAGUUUAUUGUGAAUCACCUGAACUAGCAUUUUCUAACUGUCCUACUACUGACUAAUGCUGCUGUCAGUAUUCUGUUGAAAGACUUCUUUGAUUCUGACAUUUACAGGAUCUAAAAAUUGUCCCACUUAGUUUUCUGAAUUCACCACUCAAAUUUCACAAGUCUGAUUCAGAAGAGAAGUAUUUUCUCAUGCUGUGAAAAAGGGUGCUUUUUUCUGCAUGCACUUGUGAAGCAUGUGAACCAACUAAUAUCUUUAAAGUUUAUCAAAUUUCACAUGCUGGUUUGUCAGGAAGGUGAAAAUGUUGUGCACAGUUUUAUGCUUCUCUUUUUGCUCUACAAUUUUUUAAAAAAGUAAAAAUCAUAGAUGACAUUUAUGAAAUUAAAUGCAUGUGUUAGAUGAUAACCCAUGUAUAUACUGUAUCUAAGGACUUUGUCUUCCAGGAAUCUUUAACUUUAGUAGGAUAGCAAUUUUGCCUAUAUUAAUUAUCAAGCCUAGGUCUGUUUCCAUCAUUUGUCAGUAAUUUCCAUUAGGGAACCAUUAUAUUCCUACAAGCAGUUGGGAACUUCUAGCCUUUUGAGAAUAUGUAUGCAUGAUAGCAUUUCAUUUGGCAUCAAGAAGCACUACUCACAAAGACUUUUUUAAAUAUUUUGAAAUUACCUUUCAUAUUUUUGACAGCCCUAAUGGGACCUUAAACUGGUCCAAUUCCUUAACUGCUGGAAUUCUGUACUAGGUGUUAGCAGGCAUCAGACUGCAGUUAGCUUUCAUUCACAUCACUAAUGUGUGAAACACAAACUUUUUAGUGAUUCUUCUAUCAUUUCAAAAGUACAAGGUGCAGAUGCUUUUGACUUAAGACUCUCAAAUAUUACUGAUUUGAAAGUUUUAAAUGUACUAUAGAUGUAAUGAAAAAAUUGGUGUCCUAAGGAUUUGAAUGGUCAGGAUAUGAAAGCUUGAAAUUGUGACCGUAAAUCUGUUUAAUGUGGCUUUCAAAUGCAUUGGAACAGGGAAACUUCCAAGAUGACAGACUUAAGAAAUCUCUAGAUCUGCUGAAUAAGAAGGACUUAAGAGAAGAUAUGCUGUGAAAUCUAAUCACUUAGAUUAGUUUGCUGUUGAAUUAUUUGACAAUUUUUUCUCCCUUUUGACCCUCUCUGGGCAGCUGGCAUCUUCUCGCAUGGCCAAUAUCCAUGUGCAGAGCUGAAUAUCGAAAGCUUCAGGUGCAUGCUUGUUACCACUUGACAUCAAUUCUCUGCUGAAGUGAGUUCAGCAGGAAUCCUCACUAAUCAUUAACCUUGUUCCUCCCUGUCAUGUGGACACAAGGCAAGCCUACUGUCAUGGCUGAGUGAGCAAUUGAACGCAGUCCAUUAGCAAACAUGCAUCUCAUUCCAUGUUCCACAAAGAAUAAUUUGAAAAACUGCCCUAUCAUUAAUAUGAACAGGUUUAAGGAACAAUUCAGGAAAGUAAUGAUCUCCAAAAUCUUUAAAGUGCAUGGGGUAGAGAAGUAGCCUGCGAGCUAUUUUUAUUUAAUACUAAGCUUGUGUUUCUACUGAGGCGCCUGUCACCACACCUCCAACCAAACCAGUUCUUUUAUUUAAUAACUGCCUCUUGUGAACUGAGUAAUACUUUGUCCUUGUGCUGCAGUCAGUCCCUCUAAUCAAAGUAAGUUUGAUUUGAAAACUUGCCUUUUUCUUUUAUUUAAAUGACCCUAAUAAUACACCUGUAUAAAAAUGUGUUAGUAUGAAAAUGUUCAUCAUAUCAGCAAAAAUAUAAUUAACUUUUCUAUUUGGGAAUCAAUCAUAAACCCUUCAUGGUCUCAGAGCAUGUCUUCUAUAGGUAUGUUUCAACAGACUCGUCCAAAACCUCUUCCCUGCCCAUAGUGCAAUAUCUGACUGAGCAAUGCCACGAGAGAGCAGUCAAACAAAAUACUUAAAAGACUGAGUGGCAACAAGAUUAUCGUCUGUUGUAACCUUCUGACACUCCAGUGCAAUACUAAAGGACUAUCAGAAGUACUGUUUUGCAGAAAAGGCUUUAAAACAAACCUUUGUUUAAUGUAAUAUUCUGAAAUUUUAUUUCUAUUUUGUGCUACUGUUUGGAAGAGGAUUCAAUUUUUAUGGAACAUUUCCCAUGUCUUGAAAAACUUUCAAAAGCACUCAUGCGAAUCUGUUUUCAUUUUGCUCACCCUGCCUCGAAGUUGUGAAGCAGAUCUAUCCAAAUACGAAAUGCAGCUUUAAUAGAAAGGUAAUUAGAGAAACCCUGUUGCACCAAAGCAAACAAUAAAGGCUUCAAGCUUGUGUUAACAAGCUUAUCACGAUGAAAGAAAUGUUUUGUUUCUGUACACUUCUCUGGUUAAAGAUGGGAAAGGUAUUCAUUGUGCACAAAUGCAAUUUGCCUGACCGGGUUUGUGAAAAAUAGUUAUUUUUAAAUUACACUGUAAAAUGUCUGAGCCAUUUCAACACAUUUGCACCUUUGAGUUCUAGGAAAGAUUGUCUAGGUAGAGCUGCCUUACUGAAAAUGGCACUGAUGGGACUGUUACUCCAGCAAGAUGACUGUUAAAUUCUGGGGCUGUUUCUAGAUUUGGCCAAGAUUUAACGUGUUCAAUAAAAGUAACA